UAAUUAAGCCUCUCAACAUCAUUAGAGUAGACUAUCCGGUUCUCUAAGCAAACGUCCCACUUCGUAUUUGUAAGCUGGCUCUGGGUGGUUGCUGACAUACUUGAAGGCAGUAGCUGCACAAUAUGACUUUUAUUAGGAUGCUGCAUUUACCAAACAGGAAGAAAUUCUGUUCUGUGGUGUUUACGGCCGCACGUUUGUGCAGCAGCUGCCCACCAGCUGCGUGCAAAAACCCGGUGGUUUACUUUGAUAUUGCUGCUGACAACGAACCGCUUGGCAGAAUUAGCUUUGAGCUUAAUGCAGACGUAGUGCCAAAAACAGCAGAAAACUUCCGAGCGCUCUGUACAGGAGAACAUGGCUUUGGCUACAAGGGAUCCGUUUUCUUCAGGGUGAUCCCUCAGUUUAUAUGUCAGGGUGGAGAUAUUAUUUAUAACUUUGGAGGUGGUGAUAAGUCUAUCUAUGGAAAGAAUUUUCCCGAUGAGAACUUCAAGCUGAAGCACACUGGACCAGGUAUCCUGUCCAUGGCCAAUGCUGGACCGAACACCAAUGGAUCCCAGUUCUUUAUCUGCACCACUAAAACAGAUUGGUUGGAUGGCAAGUAUGUUGUCUUUGGAAAAGUAAAGGAGGGAAUGGAUGUGGUCAAGAAAAUGGAGUCUUUUGGUUCCAAGAUUGGGUACACUUCAAAGAAGAUCACGAUCACGGACUGUGGAGAGCUCAAGUAGAUUUAAUGUGGAUAUGGUCAUUGUGUAAUUUCAUUUCCUGGUGAAUUUCAAUAAAAUGACCAAAGUGAAAGAGGUUGGCCUAGAGUGCUUCCUCUUUUGCUGAGUGUAGAUAAAUGUCACAAGUACUGUGAAAAGAUUGGGGUAAAAUGUAAUUUUUGCCAGUGAGAGACUACUUCCAGCUGCAAAUUAAAAUUUGCAUGGGCAUAAAACUGAAUGCACCCACAGUCCAAUCAGUUUGUGAGGUGUUCAGCUGCAUGGUCCUCAGUUUGAGAACAGGGUGGGAUGCACAUUCUGGGGGGGUUUACAUCAGGAAUGGGCAUCUGGUGUUUAAAAAAAGUCUGCCAUAUCAGAUAUUGGCACUAUGGCAUCAACUGAGAGAAGCUUUUUAUCUCUCUGCCUAUAAAAUGACCAGCUUUAUCACGCUUUUGUACUUGGUAAUAUUCUGGUGGCUGCUCUUUGAAAUUGAGAAAAAAAAAAGAGAGCAAGAGAGAGACUGUGCAUCUGCCCUAUUCCACAGCCCCGCAUUGCUGCAGUUUGCAAAACAAUCUAUAAACCAAAAUCUAGCUUUUACAAACUCACUGUCCAAAGCUUUGCUGCUCCCCAGCUCUACUGCUGAUAUCGUCGAAUAUUUGCAGGUUUGCAGUUUCAUGCACAUGGCCAGAGGUCCGUGAAUUAGCUAAAGACCUCUACUCUGACAUUUGUGUGUAUAUUCUGCUUAUAGCAUGAUGCAUGUAUAACAUUUGGUUACAUUACAGUGACCGCAACACACUCAUUUCAAACAGUUUAUUUUUUAUGAUUGGGGUUUUAAUAAUAAAAUAGACUUUUUAUCCUGGUGAUGGGUGGGGAUUGUUUAUGGUAAGGCAUUAUACAAAAAAAAUAAAAUAAUUGACAUGCAAAACUGA